UGAAGAAGAAACAAACAGGUGGCGGGAACUGAACAAACUAAACGAAGAGUUAAAGUACAACAGUUUACAGCAAUUUAAUACAACUUGUGUGAGUAGUAUUAUUUCAGAAACAUCGUAACAACUGGAGCAGGCCAGGCAUGAGUGGAGCACACCUGGACGAAUGGCAGAGGAGGUCCUUUGACAUUUCAUCUGGCAACUGUACACCUGAACAGACGGCCGAUGCUUACCGGGCCCACAUCCUCUCCAUUCAGUAUGCAUGGGCAAGCUCCCAGCUCUCUCAGGCCGGCAUGGCCAGCCUGCUCAGGACCUACACGGAGCGCUACGCCGCAGUGCUGGACUCGGAUGACCCCCGCACAGGGCUGAACAACUAUGCAGAGAGCGCGCUGCAUCUGGCCCGCAGUCAGAGGAACUACAGUGACAAAUGGGAGUCGUCCCUGACGGCGGAGAGUGUGCUGGAGCUGCCCUGCGUGCAGAGGAUGAUUCAGGCAGGGGCAGGGGGAGGAGGCUCCCUGCUAGCACCAGAAGAUGUGAACAUAACUGUGGGACAGGACAGCAGAGGCAGCUCCCUGUCUGCUCCCUCGACCGGAGUCAGGUCAGAGGCUGCAUUGUUCAAACCUAUAAAUCCACCACAGCAUAAAUUGGAGCCCAACAAAACUGCCAUUAAUCCUGCUACUAAUAUAACCUCAGCAAGGCCAAUGAGCUCUGAGGGGAAGCCAGGAAAUACAAACUCAUUCCCUCGACCCCCAGCCCGACCACAGUCUGUGUUUAGCCAUCCUUCAUCAGCUCCUCCACAGGGAAACCCUGGCCCUGCUGGGGGCACACAAAACUAUCCGCCCUCCUUCUUCCCCACCUCUAACCCAUCUAAGCGGAAGAAUUUUUACAACCCAGAUGGAGGAGAAGCUGCCAGGGGGCAACACGGAGGUCAAGCAGGCACUGACCCGCGAGCUGGAAGCAACUUUAAAACGGCUCGUGAGCAGUUCAUUGUUGAUCAGCAGAGAAAACACUCCAAUCAGACCCAGAGAGGUCAGAGCAACUGGGUGGCAGCAUCUGUGAAGAAAUCUCUGGGUGCUAACAGGCCUCGAGGUGCGUGCUCUAAGUUCGUGUCACCCAUUCCACGACAGGAGGAGGAAGAAGCAGCAGGGGCGAGCCACAACGCCAAUCAGGAACCUCAGAUUGUGGACGAGCGUCUGAAAAACUUUGAGCCAAAAAUAAUCGAGCUGAUCAUGAGUGAGAUCAUGGACCACGGGCCUCCUGUUUCGUGGGAUGAUAUAGCAGGCCUGGAGUUUGCCAAGACCACUAUAAAGGAGAUUGUGGUUUGGCCCAUGCUGCGACCUGACAUCUUUACUGGCCUCCGCGGUCCUCCCAAAGGCAUCCUGCUGUUUGGACCCCCCGGGACUGGAAAAACACUGAUCGGAAAGUGCAUAGCCUGCCAGUCAGGUGCUACUUUCUUUAGCAUCAGUGCUUCAUCGCUUACAUCCAAGUGGGUGGGCGAGGGAGAGAAAAUGGUGCGUGCCCUGUUUGCGAUCGCCCGCUGCCACCAGCCUGCCGUCAUUUUCAUCGAUGAAAUUGACUCGCUGUUGUCCCAGCGGACGGACGGAGAGCACGACUCGUCUCGUAGGAUAAAGACAGAGUUCUUGGUUCAGCUGGACGGGGCAGCCACGGCAGCGGAGGACCGCAUCCUGGUGGUGGGUGCCACCAACCGGCCUCAAGAGAUAGACGAAGCUGCCCGACGACGCCUGGCGAAGAGGUUAUACAUCCCUCUGCCCGAAGCAGCCGCCCGCCGGCAGAUAGUAGCUAACCUCAUGGCUCAGGAGAAGAAUCAGCUGAGAGAGCCGGAGCUGGAGGGCGUGGUCACCGCCACUGAGGGCUUCUCAGGGGCCGACAUGACGCAGCUGUGUCGAGAGGCGGCGCUGGGGCCGAUCCGCAGCAUCACGCUCAGUGACAUCGCCACCAUCACUGCAGAUCAGGUGAGACCGAUCCUCCACAGUGACUUCCAGGAGGCCCUGAAGACCGUACGGCCCAGCGUCUCAUCUAAAGACCUGGAGCUGUACGAAGAGUGGAACAAGACGUUUGGAUGUGGACGUUGAGUGUUAUACCUCUGGUUCUCAACAUGGGGGUCGGGACCCUACACAAGGUCACGAGGUCAUCCCUGGGGGUCGCCAGAUGGUUUUCGGGGGGAAAAUAAUUAUUUAAUUAUUUAUCAGAGCUUUCACAAUAAUCGCUCAAAAUCAGCAGGCGGAGGCGAACAGAAACAGCUGUUUACACUGGUUUUACGCUCUAUCGCUCUCUCCUCAUCGUCACGGGUUACCAGAGGGUGCGGAGGGGAGGGGGGGGUUCCUGAACACCAACCUGGAUAUUUUGGGGAUUCACAGUUCAAAUAAAGUGGAGGAAUGCUGAAUUGGUCAGAUAAGAUUUAUUUAGUGUAAAAGCUGAAUUACUUAUUUCCCAGGAACAUGCACAUCUCUGGGAAACACAAGCUUUAAAGUCAUGCUUCUGCAUUCUUUGUGGGGGAACUCAGUUUAGCAAGUCAGAUCUUACAUAUUUUCUUCAUUGCACACAAAGCACAGAGUGGGGUAACAAAAAUAAUAGGAGUACUUCACACAAAUUAAAAAAAACCCCUCAAUAUUGGAUCCAGGACUCUAUGACACAGUUUCACCUAAAAUCUUCACAAAUAUUGUUUUAUUGCAUUACAUGGAGCAGCUGUUUCUGUUAUUUUGGCCAACCCUAAUGUGUUCAACAGUUUGUUUCAAUUAUUAGUUAAUCUAUUCUCUGUUUUGUGAAUCAUUAAUAAUCAUCACCACUUACUUGCUGUAACUACACUGGGAACAAAAAUAUAAGCCGAAAUAGGUGAACAGUGUCUGUUUUGUUUGUGAAGAAAAAACUUUUCUGCAUGGAAAAAAUGCUCUGCAAAUUGUUCCCAGCAGUGUUCAGUCUGCAUUCAAUUUCUUCUCAGCAGUUUGUAAUGGUCAAACUGUUUUGGUCUGGAUGUUCAUUUUACUGUUGCUUUGUGGUUUGGUGCAAACAUCAGGCACCAUGUUGUGUUCUCGAUGAAGCCAUGAUCACUGUUUAAGUUCCUUUAUAGCAGUAAGCAUCCUUUUAUGUGUUCGUCUGAAAAUGAACAUUCAGCAUAUUCAGUAUUUACUCUCUGAGACUUUCUUACCUGUAUCAUAUGCUGUAUGUCAACACUUUACUAUAAGAACCACUUUAGUGUGGUUGAAUUAUUUGCAUUGCAAAAAUGUUGUAAUUGUUUUCUAUAUAAAUAAACAUUUUGCCUUUA